CUGCGCUCGAGCUGCGGCGCUGGCUGCAGCUGCCUGGGCCCUGGGCCCGGCUCCUCCUGCGCCGCCCGGGCGAUGAGAAGCUGCUUCUGCGUGAGACGGAGCCGGGACCCGCCGCCGCCGCAGCCGCCGCCGCCCCAGCGGGGAACAGACCAAGCCACCAUGCCUGAAGUCAAAGAGCUUUCAGAAGCCUUGCCAGAGACACCAAUGGACCCCAUCACGGGAGUCGGGGUGGUAGCCUCCCGGAACCGAGCGCCGACAGGCUACGAUGUGGUUGCACAGACAGCAGAUGGUGUGGACGCUGACCUCUGGAAGGACGGCUUAUUCAAGUCCAAGGUUACCAGAUACCUGUGUUUCACAAGAUCAUUUUCUAAAGAAAACAGUCAUUUGGGGAAUGUGCUGGUGGACAUGAAGCUCAUCGACGUCAAGGACACGUUGCCUGUGGGCUUCAUUCCCAUCCAGGAGACGGUGGAUACGCAGGAGGUGGUCUUCAGGAAGAAGAGGCUAUGCAUUAAGUUCAUUCCCCGGGAUUCAACCGAAGCCGCCAUUUGUGACAUCCGCAUCAUGGGCCGGACCAAGCAGGCUCCUCCCCAGUACACAUUUAUCGGGGAACUGAACAGCAUGGGCAUCUGGUAUCGCAUGGGCAGAGUGCCAAGAAACCAUGACUCAUCUCAACCCACCACGCCCUCCCAGUCAUCAGCCGCUUCCACCCCAGCCCCAAACCUUCCCAGGCACAUCUCCCUGACACUCCCGGCUACCUUCCGAGGCAGAAACAACACCAGCACAGACUAUGAGUACCAGCUCUCCAACCUGUAUGCCAUAUCAGCAAUGGACGGUGUGCCUUUUAUGAUUUCAGAGAAGUUUUCCUGCAUCCCAGAAAGUAUGCAGCCCUUUGAUCUCUUGGGAAUCACCAUCAAGUCUCUGGCGGAAAUUGAAAAGGAGUACGAGUACAGUUUCCGCACCGAGCAGAGCGCGGCAGCUCGGCUCCCACCCAGCCCUACCCGGUGCCAGCAGAUCCCCCAGUCCUGAGGAGCCCACAGCCUCCUGGGGGAGAAGACGUCUCCUACCCGGUGCCCAGACUACUGAUGAGGUGGCUGGGGUGAGAGUCACUCCCUCCCUCACCUGCCCACUCUGCUUGCCCCUGCUCACUGACCAAGAGACUCUGGGCAGCUGCUUGGUCAGAUACGGUCAUCAGCUCGCCUGACGAGACUUCCCUCCCUCCCCGGGAACGUUGUUCAUAAUUGUGACUAAUGUGUGUGCUGUUAGUGACCAGAGGCUCCUGUGUGAUGACCACUUACCCCACCAAGAAAGAAAACUCCUCCCUUACCUGGAGUCACCCAUGAGGGCCUGGGCACAUACUCCAUCCACCCAGUGACACUCACUGGCUACCCUUCAACUGACCAUCACUGACCACAGAAAUCCCACAAAGCCACUAGCUCCCUCCUGGAAGACUCCAGGGUUGACUGCUUCACUUAGGACCCUGCAAGAUGCACUGAUGGCUUCUGACCCAGCUACCUGGGAACAAGCACGGCUGGCCAGCAGGCCCAAGUGGCCCAGGCAUUUCAUGACGGCACUGAGAAAGCAGGCCUAUGAUGCACUGAGACAGCUGUGGGCUCUUCCCCCACUCCACACACUGGACGUCCAGAGAGCACAGACGGGACCCCGCUUUCUGUGGAGGUGACUGGGUGCCUACCUGGAUAGAACCUUGGCUGCUAGGGUGCUGUGCCCAGCCACAGGUGCCAUCCCCACAAAGGGCUCAUCUGUGGGACAUCCACCUGCCAACAGCCGCUCCAUAUGCCUCUGCCUGCUGCCCUGCCCUGGUGGCGACUGACACAGAGCACGGCACAAAGGCACCAACUCCUCACAGCCACACCCACCCCCCUGUCUAGAAGGCACCUCCCACCAGGGAUCUGCUGUUUUGAAAAGUCCUUCUGUCCCAGGCCUCUGAAUUCGGGCCAGGACAUUUCACAGGUGUCAGCCUGAGGUGCCAAGGUGAACCCUACGUGUGUUGCCAUGGGAACAGUGGUCACCACUGUCCCAGCUCUCAGCCUCACCAUGAUGCCCUGCUUUGCCACAGUUGGCUUUUAGGGCUUGGCUGACCUUGGUCCCCAGAGUAUCUGUGGAUGUGAAGAUCUGCCCAGUGGUCGGUGGCCAUGGGCAACUACUCACCAGCUGGUACAAACCUCUCCCAUUACAGCUCUAGAGACAGCCACAGGCGGGUGGGUGCCCAAGGUGCAAAAGGAUCAGGAGCAAGAGCAAGCCAACAGGACGGCAUGAGCUGGGGCAGGCCCCAAAAUACCUCACCAACCUACAUCAGCCCCUCCUGUUCCAGACCCUCAGGCCCUGUAGACCGCCCUUCUUCCCCAGUCAGCCAGCCUCUCUGCUUGAUGGUACUUCAUUUCUAUGUCAGAAGGGGUCACCUAGAUGUGAGCACACCCUAUGGGGUACCCAUCAACCCUUGCCUCUGGGCACCACAUUCUCCAGGUAGCACAGGUCAUGACAAGGUGGUGCCCGAGAGGCCCAUGGACCCAACAUAGGCGUCUCCAGCAAAGCCUGAUGCCACGCUGGUGCUCACAGGAGCUAACAAGCUGACCCCAGACGGCUCCAUAAGCUGUGUAUCCCAAGGACCCAUGUCUGCCACUGCUGGUGUAAAACCAAGUGGCUUGUGUGACCUGAGGCCCAACUGAGGGGACGACCACCCACAGUCUGAGUUACCGGGGAAGGUCGGGCACAGCGCUCUGGACUCCCCUGACCACUUCAUUUAAGUUCUUACGCUUCGACCAUCUCUUUCCAUCCCCCGGUUAGGAAAUCACCCUCCCACGUGAAGCCAGGUGGCCCCCUCUUCCCCCUGCAGUCCUUGCAGGUCCUGGAAAUACGAAACUGAAGACUGUGGACCCUUUCGUUGGUGACCCAGAUGGCCAAGUGAGGGGCCUCCUGGAGAGAGGAGGCACACUCUGCAGCCCACGCACGCACCCCACAGGACUCAGCCAGGGAGGCGGGCAAAGCGUACGCUCUGAGCUGGAGCUCUCUGAACGCUGCAGACUUAGUGGAAGAAGAACGUUGACUGAAUGUGGGAGCACCCACAGCUUCUAGCUCCCGAAGUGUUGAGGGUGACUUGGUGUCCAUGGUAGGUUCUAGGUUGCACCCGACCCCUGGUCUCUUGUCUUCUGGUGAUGGUAGUGGUCCUGUGUGUGCGCGUGCCCAUGUCCACCCUGUGUGAAUCCAGCAGACCCAGUUCUGGGAGGUAGGGCUGUGGCUCACAGCAGCACUGAGUGGCCUCUGGGUACCAUGCGGCAGGCGCACCGUGAGAUGAGCACAAGGAUUCGCCGGGAGACAUGAAGAGCUGUCCCUGUCUGUGGGUCUCCUCCCCACGCCCACCAGCAUGUCCCACAACUGCUGCCAAGCACGUACAUCUCUCCUGAAAUGGCUAACCAGAGCACAGUUCCCUGUCCCGCUAUCCCCACACUGAAAAGUUGGUUCCUUCCUAAGGGCCUUGAAAAUGGCACAUGGGUGACAAGGUGUGGUGGGGGGCGGGGGAGGGGGUGAGGGACUCCAGGUUCACUGCAAAUGUAUCAUAAGACUAAACCUAAGAAUUCAUGUCAGCCUAACCCUCUGCCACGUGGAGAGGUGAAAGCCUCACUCUCCUUGGGGGAAGCAGGUUAGAGCCAUGACCCUUCUCCCUGGUGGUUAGCAGCCUGUGGCUACCUGUGGCCAAGGUCAGGACGUCCAGCAAGGAGACUGAGGUACUGAGCACACAUACUCUCCCUUCCACUGGGCUUGGUGGUCUUAAGCACAUUUCCUGUCACCCCCCCCGAACAAGCCCAACAGUGGGUGCUCUUUGUCCUGUCACAAGAAGAGCCUGGGGCACAGACAGAAUCUGACCCGAAGCCCCUGGGCCAACCACCUGGCCUCUGUGUCCACCCCUGUGGGCUUCCUUUGGCCGUGGAGAUUUCAUCACACCACGGCAUGGGUUCUGGGCUUGGGUCAGGCCGAUAGUCUGAUUGUCCUGUGUGCCCCCCACCUACACCUGAGAGCUUCCCAGCCUGAGAGCAUCUCUUGCUGAAUUUAUGGACUCCUGGCCCAGGAGCAGGUAGAAACGGGCCUCCAUGUGCCACCGGGCCAUGAAGGGCAGAACUCACAGAAUUGGUUUGUGUCCAACUGAGCCCCAGAGCCCGAUAAAGAAGCUGGGCUCCCGAUACUGCACCCAGCUCCCUCUCAGGUGACCCCACAUAUCAGGGCAGCCCAGCUUUCUCCACCUGCUCUAGGCAUGAGCCCUUGAGCAACUGCGGCCAUCUGUACCAGGAGAGCAGGCUUUGUUCUCCUGUGAGCGGCUGGGACGAAGACCCCAGGCACAGCUGCCUCCUGUGUAUUUAUUCAAGGUGACUGCUUGGCAAAGGGAGGUCUCACUGUGUGACUGUAUCUUAAUAUAAUUUGUUAAAUAAAUGUUUGUUUUAACCUCGUU